UUUCCAGUCCUCUUUGGCUGUCUGUCUUUCUUUCUUUCUCUCUUUCUUUCCUAUUCAAAUCUCUCAAGAACUGGGUUUUGAAGAAAAUCUACUUCUUCUCUUCUCCAUUUCAAAGGGUACAAAACCCACUUCUUCAUUUCUCUUUCUGAAUAAAAUUGUGAACCAAAUCAUCAUCAACAAUGGCUGCCAACAAAUUUGCAACCAUGGUUCACAGAAACACAAAUAAUAUGACUUUGAUUCUUGUCUAUUCAUUACUUGAAUGGGUUUUGAUCCUUCUUUUGCUCAUCAACGCUCUCUUCUCCUAUCUGAUCGUCAGGUUCGCUGACUACUUCGGACUCAAGCCGCCUUGUCCCUUGUGUUCACGCAUCGAUCAUUUCUUAAACCCUAAAGAGGGGAAGAGUUUUUACAGAGAUCUUCUUUGUGAAGACCACGCUUCCGAGGUUUCUAAUUCAUCUUAUUGCUUGAAUCAUCGGAAACUGACGGAUUCGCUUACUCUGUGCGAGGAUUGUUCUUCUUCCGGCUUGCGGCAGGAGAAUUGUGAGGUGGGUUCUGAAUUAUGUUUAUGUUCUUGUUGUGGGUUAAGGUUUGAUUUUAAUAAGGGAGAAGUUAGAAUUGAAAAGGGAAAUGAUUCUGAGAUGGAUUUGGAAGAUUUCUUUAAAGGGAAGGAUAUUGAUGGAUCCUCUGGAUUUCAACAUCUGGAAUAUUUUCUUGGGAAUGAUGGGUUUAAUCUUAUUCCUAUUGAAUUGAUCGAUCCGACCACUGAUGAAGAACAACUUCAUGAGAUGAAACGAGAAGUUGAUUUGGUUUUUGAGCCUGGAUUGGUUGUGUACAACAGAAGCUGUAGUUUUGAUGGGAAAGAGACGGAUCCAUCUGCCUAUGAUGAAUCUACCAAGCUUGUGAUUGUCCAUAGCAUGAAGAUUCAAGAGGAUGAGAAUUCGAUUGUGUUCAAUUCUGAGAACUGUGUUCAUGAUAAACCGGAUGAUGUUGUUGAUGGUGAUGGAAAUCGAACAACCAUGGCUGCUGCUGCAACUUUUGAGGAGAAAGAGACGGAUCCAUCUGCCGACGAUGAAUCCACCAAGCUUGUGAUUCUAGAUAGGAUGGAGAUUCAAGAGAAUGAGAAUUUAAUUGACUUCAAUUCCGAAAACUAUGAUCAAGAUAAACUGGAUAUUGAUGUUGGCCAUCAAGAAGCCAUGACUGCAGCAACAGAAAAAGAAGAAGAAGAUGAACCCACCAAGCUCGUGGUUAUCGAUAGAAAUGAGAUUCAAGAGUAUGAUAAUUCAAUUGUGCUCAAUUCCGAAAACUAUGAUCAAGAUAAACUGGAUAUUGAUGUUGGCCAUCAAGCGGCCAUGGCAGCAGCAACUGUAAAAGAAGAAGAAGAUGAACCCACCAAUCUCGUGCUUCUCGGUAGAAUGGAUAUUCAAGAGAAUGAGAAUUCAACUGUGCUCAAUUCCGAAAACUAUGAUCAAGAUAAACUGGAUAUUGAUGUUGGGCAUCAAGCUGCCAUGGCAGCAGCAAAUGUAAAAGAAGAAGAAGAUGAACCCACCAAUCUUGUGCUUCUCGGUAGAAUUGAUAUUCAAGAGAAUGAGAAUUCAACUGUGCUCAAUUCCGAAAACUAUGAUCAAGAUAAACUGGAUAUUGAUAUUGAUGUUGAUGAUGAUGUUGGGCAUCAAGCUGCCAUGGCUGCAGCAACAGAAAAAGAAGAUGAACCCACCAAUCUCGUGCUUCUCCGUAGAAUUGAUAUUCAAGAGAAUGAGAAUUCAAUUGUAUUCAAUUCCGAAAACUAUGAUCAAGAUAAACUGGAUAUUGAUGUUGAUGUUUGCCAUCAAGCCGACAUGGCGGCAGCAGCAGAAGAAGAUGAGGAAGAUGAAGAAGAAGAAUUUCCUCACAUGGCAAUAAAUGAAACUGAAGCUGAUGUAUCAAUAGGGACUGAGAUUCCUGAUCUGGUUUCUUCUUCUUCAUCUUCGAAUUCCGACAACUUCCAUGGUGAAAAGGAUCAUGAUGAUCAUGACCAGUACGAGUUAGAGACAAUUGAACUGAAACCCAUUUCAGUUGGGUUAACAGAUCAACAUUUCUGUCCAAACUCAAUCGAAGAAGACAAUGAUCAAUGUAGAAAUAUAAUAUUCAAGACGAUGUCAUCUGAAAUUAACGAACCCAAUGAAGAGAAGGCUCCUGAAACACCAACUUCUUCCGACAGCUUCAAUUUCCUACAAAAGAAGCUUCUUUUAUCCACAACAGACGAAUCUUUAGACGGGAGCAGCAGCGUAGUAAGCGAAGCAGAGGGAAUCGACGGAAUGACAUCGGUGGAUCGUUUGAAAUCCGCUCUAAGAUCUGAAAGGAAAGCUCUAUAUGAUUUAUACACAGAGCUAGAAGAGGAAAGAAGUGCAUCAGCAGUGGCUGCUAACCAAACAAUGGCGAUGAUAAAUCGUCUUCAAGAAGAGAAAGCCGCAAUGCAAAUGGAGGCAUUGCAGUACCAGAGAAUGAUGGAAGAACAAUCCGAAUAUGAUCAAGAAGCUCUCCAGCUUAUGAGCGAGCUCGUGGUGAAAAGAGAACGAGAAAAACAAGAAGUCGAGAGAGAAUUGGAAGUUUAUCGGAAACGAGUCAUGGAAUACGAAUCGAAAAAGAAGAUGAGACAUUCAUCUUCUUCUUCUUCGCUCGAUCUUAAUCAGAACACCCCGGUUGAAGAAGUUUUUGAGGGAGACAGGGUUCAAAUAUUGGAACAUCUUAAGGUUCUUGAAGGAAAGCUUUUCUCUUUAGAUGAUGAUGAAGAAAACGGUUAUCAUCAUGAUCAUGAUCAAGAAGGAAGGCUAAUGGGUGUUAAAGGGAAGAAACUUCUACCUCUGUUUGACGCAAUUAGCGACGAAAAUGGAGAAUCGAAUGGGCACGAAAAUGGGUACGAGUAUUAUGAGAUUUCCGAGAGGGUUCAAGCAUUGGAAGCCGAUAGAGAAUUUCUAAAGAAUUGUAUUAGUUCAUUAAAGAAAGGAGAUGAAGGAAUGGAUCUUCUUCGAGAAAUCCUUCAACAUCUUCGAGAAAUUAGAACCGUUAAUCGAAGCUUAAAGAACAUUACCGACGGUCCGAUCCUGUGAUAAUAUGAGUGUUCAUUUGCAACAACAACAAAAAAAGAUUAUUGAAAAAAAGAGCAACUUUGAUGGGCAAACAAAGAGGCUCUACUAGAUGGGUAUAUAUAAAUACCCACAAUGUUAUUUGUAGUUUUAUUUUUUUGGGAGGAUAUUUUUUUAUUUGAUUUUAGGAAUGGGAAAAUAGAAGUAAAUAACUUGCUAUUUUUCCACCCCAACCAUUUGAGAGUUUGUUUGUUUGAUUUUUUUAAUUAUUGUUUUUGAUGUAAGAGAGGAAUUGGGUUAAUUAGGUGUAUAUUAUUGUUAAGUAAAUGAAGGUGAGUGUUUGUUU